AUGGUUCUGCUGCAAGAAACAAAAAGAUCAAACAUUGAUGGUAGUGUUGUAAGAUCUCUGUGGCCUAGUGAUUCGGUGGAAUACAUGGAAGUGGAUGCGGAGGGAAGUGCAGGAGGAAUUUUGUGCAUCUGGAAUCCCAUGACUUUCUCACUUCAGGAGUGUUGCUGCUCAAGAAAUUUCAUCCUUUUAGUAGGUAUCAUGCAUUCUUGUAUUAACUGUGUAAUUGGUAACAUAUAUGCUCCUAAUGAAGAUUUGAAUAGGAGGAGGUUAUGGAGCAUCCUAUCCAAUUUGAAAACUGUCUUCCCUGAUCCUUGGUGUUUAGGGGGAGAUUUCAAUGAAGUUAAAAAUAUUUGUGAAAGAAAAGGGUGUAUAAGGAGGGAUAGAGGCAUGGAGGAAUUUGGUACCUUCAUUAGCAAUCUUGAAUUGGUGGAUAUCCCAAUGUUGGGCAGGCAAUAUACUUGGGGCAAUUCUCAAAGUUGGAGCAGAAUUAACAGGUUCUUAGUUAACCCUGGGUGGUUGGAAUGGUACAGAUACAAGCAAAUAAAGUUUGGAGGCUGGGCUAGUUAUAUAAUUAUGGAGAAGCUGAGGGUUUUAAAAGUAGCUCUGAAAAAGUGGAACACGGAAAUGUUUGGUGAUGUAGAGGCAAAGUUGAAAGAAGCUGAAAGUGAGUUACAUUCUAGGAUUUACAAUCCGAAUUGA